AUGAUUCUCGGUCUUAAGCUCGGCCUGGUCGGCCUGCUCGGCGCUGCUGCCGUCAACGCCGCUCCGGCUCCUACUCGUGCAUCUGAAAUUGAGCAGCGCUCUUCCACUUGUACUUUCUCUGGCUCCAAAGGUGCUGCCUCCGCCAUCAAGUCUAAGACUUCUUGCUCGACCAUUGUUCUUUCCUCCGUGGCUGUUCCUGCCGGAACUACCCUUGAUCUCACUGGUUUGAACAAGGGAACUACUGUUAUCUUUGAAGGCGAGACCACAUUCGGUUACAAGGAGUGGUCUGGUCCUCUGGUCUCAGUUUCCGGAACUGACAUCACUGUCAAGGGAUCCUCUGGUGCUAUCCUCAACGGCGAUGGUUCCCGCUGGUGGGAUGGAAAGGGAACUAACGGCGGCAAGACCAAGCCCAAGUUUUUCUACGCCCACAAGAUGAUCAACUCCAAGAUUGAGGACAUCUACAUCAAGAACUCCCCCGUCCAGGUCUUCAGCAUCAACGGUGCUAGUGAGCUCACUAUGAGUGGCAUCACUGUGAACAACUCUGAUGGCGAUGACAACGGUGGCCACAACACUGAUGCCUUCGACAUUGGCGACAGUACCGGCGUCUAUAUCACCAACCCCAUUGUCCACAACCAGGAUGACUGCUUGGCUAUCAACUCUGGCUCGGACAUCUCCUUCACUGGCGCUUCUUGCACCGGUGGACACGGAAUCUCCAUCGGCUCUGUCGGUGGACGUUCUGACAACGUUGUUGAGAACGUCACCAUCGAGAACUGUAGCAUCAAGGACUCCGCGAACGGCGUUCGUGUCAAGACCGUCUAUGGUGCCACUGGCUCCGUUAAGGACAUCACCUACAAGGACAUCACUCUUUCUGGCAUCUCUGACUACGGUAUUGUCGUUGAGCAGGACUACAAGAACGGCAGCCCCACCGGUACUCCCACCAGCGGUGUUCCCAUCACUGGUCUCACCCUGACCAACGUCAAGGGAACCGUUGACAGCAGCGCUACCGAUAUCUACGUUCUGUGCGCUUCCGGUGCCUGCUCCGACUGGACUUGGAGCGGUGUCAGUGUCUCGGGCGGUAAGACUAGCAGCAAGUGCAAGAACGUUCCCAGCAGCGCCAGCUGCUAG